AUGAAUGUGCGCGGCUUUUUCAAGAAUGUUCUGAACAAUGAGGGUAAGGAAGCCCAGACCGUGGCCGGUGAGAGUUCUGAAACCGGGUCUUCGACAGCCGUAUCAUCGGGCAUGAGUAGUUUCUUAUCCGGUACAUCCCGAUUUUUGGACUCGGUGCAGACAAAAAAGAACGGUCUGAUCAGCGAUAUUUCCAGCAAACUGAGCUCAAUCAAACUGCCCGGUGAUCAGUCUACAGAGAGCGGAGCAACCAAGUCAGAUAAGCGGAAAAGUCGACAGGCGGUUAAUGUUGGCGGCGACGACGACGAUGGGGACAGUUCGGCCAGUGAAUAUGGAGAUGAGGGCGAUCGGCCGAUGUACGCCGAGGAAGCUCCGAUGGAACGUCGAGUAUCGGUGGAAAGUGUGGACAGUUUGCCGGAAGACGAAGCGAACCAGUGGCGAAACAAUAUUCGUACAAUGAUUCGUGAUGUACUCAGUCAACAGUGA